CGUGCAAACCUCUCCCACAUCCAUAGGGUUGCUCUGUAGAGCAAGAAUUGGGGGUUGGCUUCUCCUUCUAAUAUUGGUUGAGGGCUUGUGGGUGUUUCCACGAUGCCCAGGAAAGCUAAGGAGAAAAAGGGUGGGAAGCCUGUUAGGCAGCCCAAAGCCCCCCCCCCUUCUUCCUCGGAUGAGGAUGAUGAAGAAAUGGCCCUUAUUAGGGGCUUGAUUGGUAGGAUGGAGGCCUUGGAGAAGUCUCGCAGCGCUCCUUCUGAUAAGGGUGCUGGUCCUUCUGGCGGGGUGGUGGUGUCCCUCCUCCCAAGGUGCCUCGCAGGACCAGGGGGGCUGCCCGGAAUCAGCUUUUAAAAUCACUCUCUAGUAGGUUGGAGGCGUUGGAAAAGGGGGGGGGCCCAGCCGGCCCGGCUCCUCCCUCACGUCCGCAAGAUCCAUCCAUGCCUGAUGACCUGGUUCCUGGAAGGCCUGCUCCUGUGGCUCCAUUGCCGUCGCCUGAGGACCCGGCUCCUGUGCUACCUGCUCCGUCGCUUCCACUGCCUGCUGCGCCGGUUGAACCUUCGCCUGUGGACCCUCGAGUACCGGUGGCCCCGGAUUUGGUUGCCGCAGUGCUGCAGCAACUUGAGGCCUGCUGUGCUAACCAGUGGGAGGUAACUCUUUUUCGGGCGGCUGUUUUAGUCACCUUUUUCGGCACCUUUCGUCCAGGUGAGUUGCUACCAUGGAACAGGGGCUCCCCGAGGGACCGUUGUUUGCAAUUUUCUGAUUUGUCACUCAGUGACGGGGUGGCACAGCUUUUUCUACGCUGUUCUAAGACAGAUCAACACGGUAAAGGGCAGUUGGUGCGCUUGGCGGCUGCCUCUGACCCUGGCAUUUGCCCGGUGAUCGCCUUGCAGCACUACGCGGCCCUCGGGCCUGCCUCAGCGGGGUGCCUGUUUGUCCACGCGGAUCAGGCACCUCUUACCCAAUACCAGUUCCUGGCAGUGGUAAGAAGGGCAUUGGUUGCAGCUGGGGUGCCGCCUGAAGGGCUCACAUUACACUCCUUCAGGAUUGGGGCGGCUACUACAGCUUCCCGGUUGGGCCUACAAGAGGCCGUGGUACGGCGGAUCGGCCGGUGGAAGUCCGUGGCCGUCAGGCGUUAUGUGCACUGACAGUGGACUAUAUUAUCUGGAUUGAUCGAAUUUUCUUUUUGGCAGGUGCUGGUGGGGCAGCGGCUCCUGUACGGGUCCUGAUCUGUGGCCAUUCGUUGGUCUUUUGGGCCUUCAAGUGGACCAGCACCUCCCACUGGGGUUCACAGCUGGGGUUUGGACGAAGAGCCCUGGUGUAUUGGUUGGGCAUGCGGGGCAUGCUGUGGAGUCAGCUGCUCCCGGCCAUUAAGGAUCACUUAGCUAGAUUCCCUGUGCCCACCGUUCUUGUCCUUCACUUGGGUGAGAAUGACUUAGGCAGGCGGACUGGCCUGUCCAUGGUGCAGCAAGCCGCCUCCGAUUUGACUGUACUGUGCAGGUGGAUGCCCGGGGUUCGUAUCCUCUGGAUCAAUUGGCUUCAGCGCAGGGUUUGGCGCGCUGCGUUUAACGGGUUUAAGUUAGAAAAGGCCCGGCGCAAGGUUUCGGCCGCCAUAGGUAAGUUAGUUUUGGCGGCUGGGGGGGACAUCAUUAGGCAACCUGAUUUAGCAGCUCGCUUCCACGAGCUAUAUCGCCCGGAUGGUGUUCACCUUUCCGAGGCUGGGUGCGAUGUGUAUUUACGCAAUAUUCGGAAUGGGCUUGCUGCACUGUUGGAUGGCAUGGGGCAGGGAGGCCAAGC